AUGUGCGAGCAGGCUCAUAACGGUCACUCUGACAUCUGUCAUCUCUCCUGUGCACACAGUCCCUCUUCCUACUUCUCCAGGUUUACCAUCCACCUCCUCAUCAUGGCCCUGUGGAUUCAGUGUCUCCCUCUUGCAAUCCUUCUCAGCCUAUUCACUCCCAACACUCAAGCCUUAGCCAACCAACACCUCUGUGGGUCUCACCUUGUGGAAGCCUUGUAUAUGGUGUGUGGAGAGAGAGGCUUCUUCUACUAUCCCAAGAGUAGAAGGGAUCUGGAGCAGCCUUCAGUAAAUGGCCCCCAGGGCAGCGAGCUGGACGGAAUGCAGGUCCAAUCACAGGAGUACCAGAUGAGGAAGAGAGGCAUUGUGGAACAAUGCUGUCACAGCACAUGCUCUUUGUAUGAACUGGAAAAUUACUGCAACUAA